AUGGGGCCUGCCGGCGCGCUCGCGAGGUGGAGGAGGCGAGUGUGGAUAGCACCGCUGCUCCUCGCGGCGUGGCUGUGCCACCUCGCCCGGCGGCGGCGGCGCCGCUCGCUCGCGGACGAGGGCGCCAAGCGGCCGCUCGCGGCAGGCCGUGAGGCCAGCGAGUUCCGCCCCCUCCGCGAGCGCCUGUCCGUCGUCAUCACGACCUCGGCCUCCGGGCGGGACCCCUCCACGGAGAUGUUGGACAGGGUGCUCGACAGCCUGCAGCUCGCCGCCGGCACCCUCGCGUGCGACACGGUCAUCGUCUGCGACGGCUACCGCUGCGCCGUGGGGCAGGGCGCCGCGACGGCCCCGCCCAAGUACCGCGCGGGCAUCGUCGACGCGGCCUCGGCUGCUAACUACGAGAUAUACAAGGGGGCCCUACGCCGCCGCGAGCGUGCGGGCAGCGACGCCGAGCCCGCGCUGCGGCUCGUGGAGCUGGGGGCCCGGUGCGGCUUCGGGCACGCGGUGCGGGCCGCGCUGGAGCACGUGAAGACCCCGUACGUCAUGGUGGUGCAGCACGACCGUCCGUUCACGCGGGCUGUGGACAUCAGCCGGGUUGUCCAGGCCAUGGCGGCGGACAGGCAGCGCCUCAAGUACGUGGGCCUGCCCACCGCGGACACCGUCGGGCACGCCGCCGAGGUGCUCUCCAAGUACGACGUGCGCGUGGAGCCCGUCGACGUCGACGACGCGGGGCUGCAGGCG